CAAAUUAACUCUGCUUUAGUGCACUUGUCCACAGAAUGAGGCAAGUGUGGCGUGGAGCGGUGCUGGUGGUGACGCUGGUGAGUGUGGCCCGGCCUCAAUGUGUCUCAGACAACGACCACCUACCCCUGCCCCCAACCCCUGACCUGGAAAACAUCACUCCCUUCAGCCUGGACCUCUUCAAGCAGUUCAACCCACCCAACACCCCGGGAAACUUCUUCUUCUCCCCUUACAGCAUUUGGAACGCCCUCGUCCUGGCCUACUUUGGGUCUGGUGGCAGGACCCGCCAGCAGCUGCAGGAGACUCUGCAUCUGCGUGACGCUGCACACACUCUGGCCACCUAUAAGGCUCUCGACCGACUGUAUGCGGAGAGACAAGCCAACACCAGCGAGUAUGUGAUAGACUUGGCCAACAAAGUGUAUAUGGACAAUAACGUCACCCUCCGGGAGUGUGUCAAGGACGUCCUACCUAAAGAAGUGCAGAUUAUCGACUUCAGUCAGGCGGCUGCAUCAGCUGAAACAAUCAACCAGUUCGUUAGCAAGACAACGCGGGGCAAGAUCCCAGUCCUGGUGACCGCCGCCGACGUCAGAGAUGUGCCGAUGGUGCUGGUGAACGCUGCCUACUUCAAGGGCCUUUGGCUGACCGCCUUCAAGAAACAAGAUACAUUAAAAAGAAAGUUUUUCACCACCCCGGACCAGCACACUCUCGUUGACAUGAUGACGCAAACUGCUAAUUUCAGAAUCGGUGACUCGAGUCAGCUGGGAGCGACGGUGCUGGAGAUGCCGUACAAGGGGAAGGCGGCGUCCAUGUUGGUGUUCCUGCCUCACACCACGGCCAGCGACGACGCCACAACGCCCCUGGACGCCAUGUUGCGACGCCUCUCACACAACACCUUCACGGAUGCUCUCACCAAACUCAGAACACAGAAAGUCAUCCUUAAACUUCCAAAGUUCAAGUUCGAGCAAACAAUCAAUGAUGAACUGAAGCUGGCUAUUGAGCGUCUGGGAAGUACUGACCUGUUCACUGAUGGUGCUGAUCUCACGGUGUAUGAUCCUUCAAAGAUAGUAAAGGUGGGCAAAACGAUCCAUAAGGCGGUGGUGGAGGUGAACGAGGAGGGCGCCGAGGCCGCCGCCGCCACAGCUCUCAUCGGAGCUUUCAUCACAUUUGCCCGUCCUCCUCCCGUCCCCCGAGAGUUCACCUGUGACCGACCCUUCAUCUUCCUCAUCCGUGACAACCAUACAAACAACAUUCUCUUCAUAGGCGUCUACAGAAAGCCAUAAAAUACGUUCAACCUUUUUGAAGAAAAUCAAUUGUUGCAAAUUUCAAAAAAAUUAUACAAAGAAAAAAAAUCCCUCCUGCUUUUAAAGAAAAAUUACAACACUCCGAUUGCUUCCCAAAAAAAGUAUUGUAAAUCACUGUAGGAAAAGAAGCGCACAUUAAACACUCAACACAUAAACUAGCAGCAGAUGUGGCGUACGUCAGUGUAAGAGGAAUAUGGUGCUGAUGUGAACACAGAGUUGAGAACAGUGUUCUUCAGUUACUGUGUUUCGCUCGCUUCUUGGUUAAUACAUUCAUUACAAAAUCAAUUGAUUUUAUUUAUUUAUUUCUUUGUAUUCAAUAUUUGACGAAAUUUCGUGAUAUUUAUGACACCAAAACCAGAAGUUAGGAAUUAAAGCUACACAAUUAA